AUGGCGAACGCUAUGUACAGGGGAGUCGCCAUCGCCGACGACGCCCGCCUGGUUCUCUCGAGCGCAGAGGCCAUGUCUCUUAUGGUCAGGAACAGCCAACGGGGACGGGCGUACGGCCCCCAGGCAGCCCUCCAAACGCUGAAACCGCUCUUCGAGAAGCGGCAGCAGCUCCUUCUGGCGAUGAGCGCUUCGGACGGCGUGGUCGGGCCGGGGCUUGCUCUGCUGAGCUCGAGAAGGCGCAAGCUCCAAGCCCUCAAAAGAAAGUACUACGCCCUGUACAUUGAGCUUUUGCGAGCCACGAAUAACACCGGGACGCUCCAGGGGCUCCUGCGGCGGACGAAAGGUGUCCGGGAAACCCGCGAAGAGGUGGUUUGGGUGCAACGGGGAGUCCUACGGGCUCUCCUCGCUAUCCUGAGGUCCGACAUCGACAACCGUGCGCAGAAGCGGCUGCACGGCGUUGCAGCCGCCGCUGCUCCUUCCCCCUCUAGGGGUGCCGGCGCAAAUCCACCGCCGACGCUAUCGACAAGGCCUGCCACCGCCGCCGCGGGUGCCGCAGCUGUCACGGGAGACGGAAACACGAGCGCCACGGCCGGGCCACGCACCGGUACCGAGGCGGAAGUCCUCCGGGCGGUGGACAAUCCGGGUGCCGCCCAACCGCAGGCAAGAGCAAUGGCGGGGGCGGCGGCGGCGGCGACCGGGGUGGUGCCGGGGCCGCUAGGGCAGAGCAAGGAGGUUGCGGCCGCCACGCCGGCGGCGGCGGCGGCAAGUGGUGGGAGCAACGCUGCGAAGCCCGGGGGCGACGAGAAACCGGCUCUUGAGAACGCCUGGAAUCUCUACGUGCAGGUGGUCGACCUGGAGUCUACCACACGAAGCGGUGGCGGCAGCAGCAGUAGCCUUCGACCGGGACAAUCUUCUUGUUUCGGUCUAACGCUCCUCGGGGAUGCGGAAGAGGUUCUCGUCAAGAGCUGGCAGGCGUUCGGCGCUGCCAACGCCGCCGUGCUGGAACUCGUGGAACUACAGAACCCCCUUCCUUCGCCGGGAAAGGGAGCGGGACCGGAUACCGGCGGCGGGAUGCUCUUACGCAGGGCACGAGCCUGUUGCCACGUCUUCUGGCCGGACAAACAGGGGAGGGGCAAGAUGUCCAAGUCAAAGCUCAAGCUCAAACGUCCGGCGGCGGCGGCGGUGGCGCUGCCGCUUGCAUCUUCCGCCAACCGGGCUGCUCCUCGCCCGAAAGUGCAGCCUCGUACGACGCCGCCACCUGCUUCGGCGGGGGCGGCGGUGGUAGCAAGGGACGCGGUCCAGCAGGACAAAUCGACGGGAGGCAAAGGUGGAAAAGAGGCUAGGCCGGACGUAGCCACGGCCGGGCCAGCAGCAACAACACCAACACCAUGAACAAAACGAACGGCUGCCUGCUCCAACAGGAACACCAUGAACGAACAGCCAGAUACCUGCUUCAACAGGAAGCCUCGUGGUACCUGCAACGUUAGCAACG